AUGGAUAUGAACAACGACAAAGUCGUUCCCCAUGGUGUUGACCAUGAAGCUGGCGAGAUCGCCAGCAUUCAUGAGCUUGCCGAGCUUGAUCGCUUGGGAUACAAGCAAGAGAUGCGUCGCAACCGAUCGGUCAUCACACUGCUCUUCCAGACACUGGCAAUCGCGGCAAUUCCCUAUGGUGAGGGAAGUCCUCUGAUCAGCGCCAUCUAUGGUGGCGGACAGCUGUCCAUUUUUGUAGGAUGGAUUGUAGUCUGCGUCCUGGAUCAGUGCAUUGCCAUGUCACUGGCCGAACUAGCCUCUCGCUAUCCAACCUCUGCAGGGCCAUACUACUGGUCUUUCCAGAUCGCCCAAUCCUCCAAGACAACCAUCUCCUUCAUCAAUGCCUGGAUUUGGGUGAUUGGUAAUUGGACAAUCACCUUAUCCGUCAACUUCGGAUUCGCCUCAAUGCUCUCCGGCACAAUCUCAAUGUACCAUCCAGACUGGAACGCCAACAGCUGGCAACUCCUCUUAAUCUUCUACGCCAUCUGCCUAGGUUCCUUAAUAAUCUGCACAUUCGCCAACCGCUACCUCCCUCAAGUCGACAUCGCCUGCGCCACCUGGACAGCCCUCACAAUCCUAGUCAUCCUAAUCGCCAUUUCCGUCAAAGCAGACGUAGGCCGCCACAGCGCCUCUUACGCCCUUUCCCACUACGACAAGUCCUUCUCUGGCUGGGGCAAUUUUACCUUCUUCAUCGGCCUCCUCCCACCAGCAUACACCUUCUCCGCAAUCGGCAUGAUCUCCUCAAUGGCCGAAGAAUGCGCCCACCCCGCCACAAAAGUCCCACGCGCAAUCGCCCUCUCCGUCCCCGUCGGCGGCAUAGCAGGUCUCUUCUUCGUCAUUCCCCUCUGCGUCACCCUACCUCCCUUAGAAGAAAUAAUCAACGCCCCAGCCGCCCAGGCCCUCCCCUACAUCCUGCACAAAGUAAUGGGCACACCAGGCGGCGGCCUCGGACUCGUCUUCCUAGUCCUGGUAAUAACCCUCUUCUGCUCAAUAAGCAUCACCGUCGCAGCCUCACGUUGCACAUGGGCCGUCGCGCGCGACAACGCCCUCCCACUCUCGAAAAUCUGGGCACACGUCGACCCCAAACUAGGCGUGCCGGUCUGGUCUCUCGUCCUCCUAACGGUAAUCCAGAUGUUACUCGGGCUCAUCAACCUGGGCAGCUCGAGUGCGUUUACGGCGUUCGUCUCUGUAGGCGUUAUUGCGUUAGCAGCGGCUUACGCGAUUCCUAUUUCUUUGAGCUUGCUGAAUGGUCGUUCGGAAGUGAAUCACGCUCCCUGGAACUGUGGGAUGGUUGCGGGGUCGUUUUUCAAUAUUCUUGCUUUGGCAUGGAUUGCGUUUGAGUUGGUUCUGUUUAGUAUGCCUACUGCUUUGCCUGUUACGGCUACGUCGAUGAAUUAUGCGUCGGUUGUUUUUGUGGGCUUUAUGGCUAUUUCGGCUGUUUGGUAUGCGGUUUAUGCUAGGAAACAUUACAAGGGCCCACCUGAGUCUGAUGCUUUGGAUGGUUGA